CUUUGAUAUUACUAUUGCAAAAAGAUUAUGUUUGGCUCAUUGAAGGCUCCAAUGAUGGUUAGCAUUUUUAAGCAAUAAAGUAUUUUAAAUUAAGGUAUGUACAUUUUUUUAGAUAUAAUGCUAUUGCACACUUAAAACAUAACUUUUAUAUGCACUGGGAAAACAAAAAAUUUCUGUGACCUGCUUUAUUGUGCUAUUCCCUUUAUUGUAGUGGUCUGGAACCAAACUCAAGAUAUUACCAAUGUGUGCCUAUAUACAAUUUUUCGAUCCAAACAUUGUCUUAAGAGUGUAGUAGCCAGUCUAAAAGCUGUCAUACCAUUCUUCAAGGGAGGUUGAAUUCGGAGCAAUUAUGUGUCUUUCAGUGGUGUCUUACCAGGCUCAGAUUUACAAAGCAGUCAAGUUGUGGUUUUAUCUACAAGGGAAACAUUAGGCAAUGUUAUAGGGUCUCCCAUAAAACUACUGAGAUUUUUCCCUAAAUUUUUCUUCCACAGCUUAAUAUAUUGUGAUUUUUUUUCAGCUUGGAUAUACUGUAAAUGUAAAUGUAGGCAGUCAUAUAAAUAAACCUUUAAAGAAAAAAUAUAAGCUAAAAUUAGGUAGUUUUCUUAAUUGAUUUAACUAUAAUGGUUUCCAUAUUAAUCUAAUAUUGUUUCCUAUAUUUACUUCUCUUUUGUUUCAAAAACUCCUAGAAUAACGUCUCUUAACCUGUAUUUUUAUGUAGAUGGGCCUACUGUAAUUGUAUUCAUUGUGCUCUGUGUGUGUGUGUGUGUGUGUGUAAAAUCAUUUUAUUUAUCAGUAGAUUCAUUAUGUUCACCAGAAGAUAAAAGCAUGUUCUCCUUACUUGCAGCAUAGGUUUUUCAGGAUUAAUCUGUAUUGAUGCUCAUUCUAUAGGCUUCCUCUAUCAAAGAAAACACAAUGUUUUGGCCUCUGUUAUUCCUGUCACACACACUUCUCCUAUGUAAUUUUUGAAAUAUCUUUUUUUUUGUAGCCCUAAACUAAUAUAGCUAGAGGUCUUCUAGUCAUUCUACUAUCUCUAGGAGAAAAAUAGCAUGUUGAAUUCUUCAAAUUUUAGACAAGACUGACAGUCUUAUGUGCAUACAAGUACAUACACAAGAUGAUAAUACAUUGUAUCGGGCCUUUGCUAGAUUUCCCUUAGCAACUGCUUCAGUUAAUGGCCACUGUACAAACUGCUGAAGAAAAGAGACAUUUAUUCUUGCACUGGCACUUUUUGACUCCUUAGUGAUAAUUUUGUGGUUCUUUUGAUCAAAGUGCUAGUUAAGGUAAAAUUACCUUUAGAUUAUAUGUAUACCUUUAAAAGUUAACUAAGUCGGCUUUAAAAUGUAAUCAUCUCUCACUGGCAGAAGAAUAGGAUGGAAACUUGCUUUUCAUUGUAUAUUCAUUUGUAUCUUUCAAGUAUUUUCUAUUCAAAUAGAAAAUAUAUAAAAUUUAAAUAAUCUCUGAUAAAACUUCAAAGUAAAAGCACAUAUCCUAGUAAAACAUCACAAUAUUAAUUUGAAAACAUUAUUAUUAAUGUGUAAUUAAAAUGCCAUUUUAAAAAGAAUAUUAAAAGGCAACAACUCUACAGGAAGCUUACUAUAAAUAUUAAUUGUUUUAAACCAAAUAAAACAACUUCUGGAUCAGUCAUCUCCAAUAGGUGUAUUUUAGUCUAAAAAUGAAUUAAUUUCCAGUGAUAACUAUAGUUCUUAUUUGAUAAUAGAUAUUGAAGAUAUUAACAAUAAAGCUUAGAGCAUAAUAAGAAAUAAAAUUUUAUUUUUAAAAGAGUAAAUAUAUUCCAGAAAUUUGAGUAAUUUAAUAUGACACUAACCCCAAAAUCUGAUCAUUUAAUAAUACUUUGUAAGACUUUAACCAUACUUCAUCCCACACUUCUUGGCAAUUACUUUUAAAAUAUGAAUUCAAAGAUAAAUUAUUCCAAACUAUAAAAAGCAAGUAGUAACUUUUUCCUAAGUAAUCUAGCAUGCAAUAUUACAAAUCUGAGUGCAGUAACUGCCUAGGACUCUAAGCGCCGCUGUUCACCUACUUGGAGAUAAAUGCAACCAAAAACCGUCCGGAUACUCUGGGCUCCCACCUCACAAAGACCCGCAGAUCUCACAAACCAACUGCAGGACUGCAGCAAAAUUCCGCCCCUAAAUUUGGGAAACUCCAGCUUUCCAUAAGAUGAUCUGCAAAGCAGCAACAAGGUAAAGAAGACAUAUAUGCCCAGUGAAGAUUCUGAGUGGAUUCCUUAGUGAAAGAACAAUGGCCACUCCAAAGAAUUACCGAGGACGCGGCGAUCUGGUACUGCUGUGCGCGCUCCUGGGCACGCUAGGGGAGAUCGGGAGAGGACAGAUCCACUACUCCGUGCCUGAAGAGAGCGACAAAGGAUACUUCGUGGGGAACAUCUCCAAGGACCUGGGGCUGGAGUCACAAGAGCUGGCGCAGCACGGAGUCCACAUCGUCUCCAGAGGUAGGAGGCAGCUCUUUGCUUUGAACCCGGGAAGCGGCAGCUUAGUCACCGCGGGCAGGAUAGACCGGGAGGAGCUCUGCGCUCAGAGCGCGCGGUGUCUUGUAAAUAUUAACAUCCUGGUUGAGGAUAAAGGGAAACUUUGGGGAAUAGAAAUAGAAAUCACUGAUAUCAACGAUAAUAAUCCGAAGUUCCAGGUCGACAAUCUGGAAGUAAAAAUUAACGAAAUUGCUUUACCCGGAACACGUUAUCCACUCCCAGGGGCUGUUGACCCCGAUGUGGGCUUGAAUUCCCUGCAGAGCUAUCAGCUCAGCCCCAAUCACCACUUCUCCCUGGACGUGCAAACUAGAGACGACGGAACUAUAAGCCCAGAGCUGGUGCUGGAGAGCGCCCUGGACCGCGAGGAGCAGGCUGCUCACCGUCUGGUCCUCGUCGCCUCCGAUGGAGGCGAACCGCGUCGCUCCAGCACAUUGCACAUCCGAGUGACAGUGUUGGAUACAAACGACAAUGCCCCGGUUUUUGCUCAACCGAUUUACCGAGUGAAAGUCCCAGAGAACGUGCCCCCGGGCACCCGGCUGCUUACUGUAAGCGCUAGCGACCCGGAUGAGGGAACCAACGGAGAAGUGGCUUAUAAAUUCUGGAAAAUUAGUGAAAAACAAUCUCCGUUAUUCCAGCUUAAUGAAAAUACUGGCGAAAUAUCAACAGCAAAGAGUUUAGAUUAUGAAGAAUGUGCAUUUUAUGACAUGGAAAUACAGGCUGAA